AUGAAGGGAAACCCCGAGUUUAACAGUAUCAAUAUUUUGAUGUCAAUUUUGUCAGUAUUAUCGUUUCUGCUUUUAUUUGCAAAGACAGAGCAAGCUGGAAUUGAUGCGGUUGUGUCUGAAAUGACAUGGAUAAGUAGUUCAGAUUUAUGUGUAUCGAAAAACAAACGACUGGUUUACAUGAUGUUUUAUUCUCGACAGCCAGAAUUUUUCCAAUUCCUUUCACAACUAUCAGCUGAUAAAGGUGUUGGCGAAGUAACAUUUUGGACAAUACACCAGGUGAAUGACACGACUGGGAAAGGUGAAAGGUUUUACACGGAUUUCCCUGCUGACAAUUUUUUGUACGAGGCUACAUCUCUUCUAUGUGUGUACCUUGUUUACGAAGCAGCAUCAAAGACGAUUGGAUGGGAAGCAGAUGACUGUGACGACAACACCGUUAAGCAUUUUUCACUUUGUCAUGAUAGAGUAAACAACUAUGAGGAGUAUGAAAAUUUACAGGAGAUAACACUAUUUGAAAAAUCUGUGGCUUGGGAAGAAGCAAACAACUACUGCAACCAAAUGAAUAGUUUAUUAAUUUUAACGGACGAAAGAUAUUUGUUCGAGCAAAUUUGUUCUCAAUCUUUGAGAGAAUUGAACUUAACAAGGUAUAGACUGUAG